UCCAAAGCCAUCGACGGUUCAAUUCCGAAAGGAGAUAUCAAAUUCGCUCAAUCCUUCUUCCCCAAUCGUCGUCCUAACCCUGCAAUUCGUCCGAUUUCGGCUGGAUCUCAGUCGUAUUGGCUAAAAUUUCAUCGCCGCAGAGGGGGAUCGGAGAAGUGUUCGCCCGAACCCUAGCCCGGAGAUGUCUUCUUCCUCGGGGCAGCCGCAGUUCCGGUACACGCAGACGCCGUCGAAGGUGCUCCACCUCCGGAACCUACCGUGGGAGUGCACGGAGGAGGAGCUAAUCGAGCUCGGCAAGCCGUUUGGUAAAAUCGUCAACACCAAAUGCAACGUCGGGGCCAAUCGCAACCAGGCUUUUGUUGAGUUCGCGGACCUUAAUCAGGCCAUCUCAAUGAUUUCAUAUUAUGCCUCCUCAUCUGAACCUGCACAAGUUCGUGGUAAGACUGUUUAUAUCCAAUAUUCAAACAGGCAAGAAAUUGUGAACAAUAAGGUCUCUGGAGAGGUUGCUGGGAAUGUUCUGCUUGUUACAAUUGAGGGUGUCGAAGCUGGUGAUGUUAGCAUAGAUGUUAUUCACUUGGUCUUCUCUGCCUUUGGGUUUGUUCACAAGAUUGCUACUUUUGAAAAGGCUGCUGGCUUUCAGGCUUUGAUCCAAUACACAGAUGCACCAACUGCUUCAGAAGCUAGAAAUGCGUUGGAUGGAAGAAGUAUCCCCAGGUACUUGCUUCCUGAGCAUGUUACAUCUUGCUACCUACGAAUUUCUUUUUCUGCACAUACAGAUUUAAAUAUCAAGUUCCAGUCUCAUCGCAGCAGAGAUUACACUAAUCCUUACCUACCUGUAAAUCCAUCUGCAAUUGAGGGGAAUUUGCAGCCUGCGCUUGGUCCUGAUGGGAAAAUAAAGGAACCUGAGAGUAACGUGCUUCUUGCAGCAAUAGAAAACAUGCAGUAUGCUGUCACAGUUGAUGUUCUUUACACAGUAUUCUCAGCAUUUGGUAGUGUCCAGAAGAUUGCAAUAUUUGAGAAGAAUGGUGGAACUCAGGCUUUGAUCCAGUAUCCAGAUGUGACUACUGCAGCUGUUGCUAAAGAGGCUCUGGAGGGACACUGCAUUUAUGAUGGUGGCUAUUGUAAGCUUCAUCUGUCAUACUCUCGUCAUACUGAUCUCAAUGUAAAGGCUUAUAGCGACAAGAGCAGGGAUUACACCAUUUCUAGCACCGGGAUACUUUCCAAUCCACAAGCUUCCUCUGUGCCAAGUGCUUCCACUGUUUGGCAAACUAAUCCUCAAGUAGCUGGAACUUCUGUCGGCAGCAUUGGCAUGCAAGCACCAGUUCCAGUCGGACAGACAGCAGCUUGGCAUCCAAGUAAAACAACCUUUGCGUCACCGGCUGGAACAUUCCCAGGCCAGCCAUUUGUUCCAUCUGCAGGUGCCCCGUUCCCGACUUCCAGCGGUCCUCCUAGUGCACCAGCUGGUUAUUUUCAAGCUUCGCAGCAGAGGCCUCAGUAUGGUGUUCAGCCAAGACCUGCUAGUGGCGCACCGCCCUUUGGACAACCUCCUGGGUAUUUCUAGUCAACUAUAUUUUCUCUUGCGCUACCUUUAUUUAAUCAAUAGUUGCACCGGAUAAAAUUAUACGCUGAGGUAACGCCAGCCCAUUCAUUACCUGGGGCUUCUUCAACCUGUAAUUACACCUAAACUUGUGUGUACCACAAUUGUUUCGCUCUUUGAAGUGGUUCAACAGGUAGCGAGGACUUCUUUGAAGUUCUUGGUGCAGCAUUGUGGCAACAGCCUGAAAGCUGGGGCUGCUAAACCCCCAUCCCAUUUGUGUGGUUAAGUUGGGAUGGUUGCGGAAUUUUAGUUAAAAUUAGGGUGGUUAGUUUUGAUUAUAGCUUAUUGAGGUGCCAAAUGCGAUUGAUUCACAUAUAUGUUGAAGGAUCAAAUUAUUUGAUUAAUGCUAGUUAUCAACCCCUUACUA